UAAGGUGUUAAUUAUGAACUAUUUAAAAAUUUAUUAUCAGAAUGUUAGAGGUCUGCGCAGCAAAUGUCGGGAAGUCAAACUUAAUAUAUUGAACAACAAUUAUGAUAUUUAUAUUCUGACUGAAAGUUGGCUGAAUAAUAGUGUUUUCGAUGGAGAAAUUUUUGAUAGUAGAUACACCGUUUAUAGGAGAGAUAGGGAAGGUAAGAACGGGGGUGGAGUUUUAAUAGCAAUUAGUAAUGACAUAUCAUCGCAUCGUAUGAUGGUGUGGGAUAGUAGUUGUGAGGAUUUAUGGGUGACGAUUGAUGUUAAAAUUUCGGGUAAACCUACUCGUAUCGCAAUCUGUGCAGUAUAUCUUCCACCUCCCGUCACUAAAGAUAAAUUAGAAGAUUUUAUCUCCCAUGCGAACUUUGUCAUGAGAGAAAAUGAUCAUGUACUACUGGCAGGUGACUUCAAUCUUACUAACCUUACGUGGUCCCAACAACCGGGAGUAUCGUAUUUGCAACCCACUGGUAACCCUAGCAGUAGCCUAGAUGCAAUGUUUGUUGAUUUUAUUGCGGAAAAUGACCUCAACCAGUUCAAUUGCAUUGUUAACUCUAACCAGCGAAUCUUAGAUCUCGUUUUAUGCAACACAACUGAACUUUUAAUUAAAGAAACCAGUAACCCUAUUAGUAUCGUUGGUUGUCACCACCCACCGUUAAAUAUUACAGUAAUUUCCUACAAAAAGCAAUUAGUUAAGGAGAUUUAUAAUGAGAGGUAUAAUUUUUAUAAAGCUGACUAUGACAACAUAAUUUUCGACCUAAACAGAAUCGCAUGGAUAGAUGUCCUUUCAAAGCGCAACGACGUAAAUACAAUGCUAUUGACCUUUUAUUCUGAAUUAGACAAUGUAAUAAAAAAAUACGUACCCAAAUCUAAACCUAGAAAUAGUAGAUAUCCACCUUGGUUUACUAAAAACCUUAUAAACUUAUUAAGACUUAAACAUAAAACUAGAAUGAAAUAUAAAAAGUACAAAAAUCCUCUUGAUAAUAUAGAAUUAAUCAACCUACAAUCAAUUGACUCUCGUGUCCAAGUAGACACAGUAUAUACAGACUUCUCCAAAGCCUUCGAUAAAGUUAAUCACUCGCUACUUUUGGAAAAACUGGCUAACUUUGGUUUUGGAGGGUCAGUACUGUCGUGA